AUGGCAUGUUUGCUCUGGUCCAUGGGUGACCUGCAAGUUGCGAGUGAGCGGGAUAGGGGGCUGCGCGCUGCCCCCGGCUGGCCGGGAAGGGGCGCGAGGCGCCUCGCCGGGAGCCUGGGGAGUGGAAAAACGUGGGAGAGGGUGAUCUGGGCGAUGCUAGGUGAUCCGGCAAUAGAAAACCAACUGAAGAUCUGUGGCUUUAAGAGGAAUGUGGAUGUCUUAGUAUUGUAUCUGGCUGGACAAGGUCUAAGAACUAUUCCGAGUCUGGCACGGUUUCAUAGGUUAAGGUACCUGUGGAUUAAUAACAAUAAGAUCCAAGAUUUGAGUUUCUUGGUCAAAAACCAUUGCUUGACAGAACUCUACCUCAAUAAUAAUGAGAUCACAGAUAUAUCAGGUGCUCUGAAACACUUGUGUGCCUUACAGAUUCUGUUGCUUCACAACAACCAGUUAAAACACCUGGGCAAGACAGUGGAGGAAUUAAAAGGAAUGAGAAGCUUGCAGACCCUAAACAUAUUCCACAACCCUCUGGCACAGGACCCAAGCUACCGCCUGUAUGUGAUAUACUUCCUUCCUUCAGUGCAGCUCCUGGACAGGAAAC